UUAAUGCACCGUGGUUGUGUUCCCGCCAGAGAAUAGAGUGAGUUGGGUGAUUUUGGGUUCCAUUUCCUCUCUGCUCAUUACUAGUACUUUGACUAAAAUGGCGUCUUCUUCAUCCAAAACCCUAAUGGAUCUAUCGAAGCAACCAGCAGCAAAGCGUCUAAAACAGGUGUCUUCUACCGAUAACUUCACUUCUAGCGCCUUGUCAUCUUCAUCUUCGCGUAAAGACUGUGAUGAAGACCCCAAAGACGUAGUAUCCUUUACGCCGGAGCAAAAGUCGAGAAUGGAGUUCAACAGAUCACUCGCAAAGGCCAAAAGAAACCUCAAACUAUGUUCUGAUAAAAUCUCCAAAUUAAACGCAAACGGUGAAGGGGGCGGAUAUGUGAAGUUACGGGAACUGUUGAUUGAGGAGACAUGGGUGGAAGCAUUGCCAGGGGAAUUUGAGAAGCCCUAUGCAGGGAACUUGUGCAAAUUUGUGGAAAAGGAAAUUAGUGGUGGUGUCCCAAUUUAUCCUCCACUACAUCUGAUUUUUAAUGCUCUUAACACUACUUCAUUUGACAGGAUAAAGGCUGUCAUUAUUGGACAGGAUCCAUAUCAUGGACCAGGUCAGGCAAUGGGCCUCUCUUUCUCGGUGCCUAAGGGUGUGAAAGUCCCUUCUAGUCUGAUGAAUAUAUAUAAAGAACUUAAACAAGAUUUGGGCUGUUCAAUACCACUUCAUGGAAAUCUGGAACAAUGGGCUGUGCAGGGCGUUCUGCUUCUCAAUGCUGUUCUAACAGUCAGGCAUCAUCAGGCAAAUUCACAUGCAAAUAAAGGCUGGGAGCAAUUUACAGAUGCUAUCAUCAAAACAAUUUCUCAGAAGAAAGAAGGAGUUGUUUUCAUUCUGUGGGGAAACUAUGCCCAAGCAAAAGCCAGGUUAGUUGAUGAAACAAAGCACCAUAUUCUCAAAUCAGCACACCCUUCUGGAUUGUCUGCAAACAGAGGUUUCUUUGGAUGCCGGCAUUUUUCACAGACAAACCAACUUUUGGAAAAGAUGGGAAUGCCUCCCAUUGAAUGGCAACUAUAAGCUGCUUCUCAACCAUCAUUUUCGGAAUGCUAGUGCUACAGGGAUUUGCCAUUAAGAAGUGAUUCAUCUAGGGAGGUGUCUUGCGGCAAAUGGAAAUUUGGAUAAGGUUUUGCUGCUUGUUCCUAUUUGUCCAUUCUCCUGUGAAGGGUUUUACUUGGCUUCCUGUUAUUUUGUAAUAGUAUGCAUACAUACUACUGCUUUCUAGUUAUUGGAACAUAUAUAUCUUUAGUUAUUGAAAACUUAAACUAGAUCGUGAUUUCUCAUUCUAUUGUAAAAUGGAUUCACUCGUACUCUUUUUCAACACCUUGAUCCUUGUACUUACUUUUAUAUAUUUGUAAUUUGAA